AUGGGUGAAUCUAGACAAGAACUCCUGGCGUGGCUGAACAGCCUGCUCCAGUUGAACAUCACAAAGAUUGAGCAGUGUGGAACUGGUGCUGCGCUAUGCCAAAUCUUUGAUUCGAUAUUCAUGGAUGUGCCCAUGUCCCGGGUCAAGUUCAACGUGAAUAGCGAAUAUGCAUACCUGCAAAACUUCAAAAUCCUCCAGAAUGUCUUCACCCGUCAUCAAAUUGUGAAGCCUAUUCCCGUCGAGUCCUUGACCAAGUGCCGCAUGCAGGAUAACCUGGAAUUCCUUCAGUGGGUGAAGAAGUACUGGGAUCAGCACUACCCCGGUGGUGACUACGAUGCUGUCGGUCGCCGAAAGGCCUCUGGUGCCCCCGCCGGUGCCCCCGCUGCCGCGCCUCGGGCUUCAUCCUCCAGCUCUCGCCGUGGUGUGACGCCCACCACGAGUGUUUCCCGUGCUCCCCGUGUGGCCGCGGCCGCAGGCGGCGGCGCCAUGACCGCCGCGCUUCAGCAAGAAAUUGCCACGCAGAAGGAGGCCAUCGCCGGUUUGGAGAAGGAGCGUGACUUUUAUUUCGCCAAGCUGCGCGACAUUGAGCUUCUUCUGCAGACCGCGAUUGAGGAGAACCCCGAGAUUGAGAAGGAGGAGGAUACACUAGUCAAGCAUAUCCAGGGUAUUCUGUAUUCGACCGAGGAUGGAUUUGAAAUUCCUGCCGAGGACGAGGAGGGCGUGGCUGAUGAGCUGGAGACUUUCUGA